AUGACGACAACAGCAAGUACAUCGUCAAAUUUAUCUGAUAAAGAUCAAAUUCGUGUACAUGUUCGACGUGACGGUUUGAUUGAAAGACAAAAAUUUAAUGGACGAGUUCGGAGACAAUUAUGUAAAUAUGAUGGUGGAGAAGGAUGUCAGGCAUUUGUUGCUGAUAGAAAUCUUUAUGUUGGACAUUAUCAUAAAACAUCAGGUAUAACUGUUAAUGAAUCAAAACGUAGACAAUUAAUUCAACAAUUAGCAACUGCUGCUGUAUCAUCAAAGGCAACAACAAUGAUGCCAUCAAAAAUUCGAUGUUCUAUUGAAACACCUUUAACUGUUGGUCUUAAAAGUAGAUUGGCGAUGAAAAACAGCACAACCGAAUUUGCAUAUGAAAUUGAAGGUGAUGAUACAGAUUAUCAUUCUCAAGGUGGUCCAAAACGUUCACGUUCAAUUGAUAAACGUCAGUCACUUUUUGAAAAUAUAUGUUUUAUGAUUAAAUGUACGGAAAAUAAUGAAAUUAAAAUGACAAAUGAUCGUUUACAAGAUUUAAUAACAACAUGUGGUGGACGAAUAAUAACAUGUGUGACACAAGGUUUACUUGAUCAAUUUGAAAUUGUUGUUCUCUGUGAUAAAUUAUAUGUAUCAGAACGACGUCAUAAUUAUGAUCAAUGUCGUUCAUUAGGUAUACAUUUUGUUUCAUCCGAUUGGGUUCUUGAAUCCAUACUUGAAUAUCGUCCAAAAUCAUUUUCGUUAUACGAAGAAACUCCGUUAUAA